AUGCACCCAUCAUGGGUGCUGCUGAUACUAUUCUGUUUUCUGAUAGUGGUGGCGUUGUUCGGGAAUCUGCUAGUAUGCGUCGCCAUUUUUUGGGAUCGACAUUUGAGACGACAACCAGAAAAUCUCUUCCUGGUCUCGCUGGCCGUCUCCGACCUGUUAGUAUCGUUUCUGGUGAUGGUCUUCGCAGCAGCAUCAGACCUGCUCGGCUAUUGGCCAUUCGGGAACGCGUACUGCCAAUUCUGGGUGGCAUUCGACAUCACCACCUGCACUGCGUCAAUUCUAAAUUUGGCGGCAAUUUCGCUCGAUCGAUACUGCCAUAUCAGUCGACCGAUGGUUUAUGUCAGAUACUGCAAUCGACGUCGAAUAUCAUACGGGAUCAUCAUCGUCUGGCUCCUCUCCGCAUUAAUAGGAGCAGCGCCGCUAGGCUUCGGAUUCGACAAGCAGUUCUCGCAUAACAACGAGACGAGUCAGCCGACGUGCGAGAUGAACUUACCACUGGCAUACGCUGUCGCCAGUUCAUUACUGUCGUUUUUCCUGCCGGCGGCGAUUAUGGUUUUCCUGUAUACAAAACUCUACCUCUACGCCCAACGUCACGUCCGGAGCAUACAGACGCAGUUGAAGCAAGCGACGUCUUUCCUUAUAAUGCAGCUGGCCUCGGAGAAGAUUCGAGAGGCGACGGCGGCCACGCUACGCAACGGCUCGACGACGGCACCAACACCCGCUUCGCCGCGGCUCGAUAAGGAGCUGAUUGAUGACACGCAGCGCGGCACCUCGAUGUGGUCAAAGUUCACCCGCGUACUCCACGUCCGCCGGAAAGGCAGCUCCGAGGAGCAGCAGCAGCAGCAGCGGAACACCAUCAGCGACCAGAAAGCCAGAAUUACCCUCGGCGUUAUCAUGGGUACGUUCUUGGUGUGUUGGACCCCGUUUUUUCUCGUCAACAUCUGGAGGUCGUGGGACCACGUGAACAAGGAGUUAUCGCAGGCCGUCACCUGGCUGGGCUACGCAAACUCCGCCCUGAACCCGGUCAUCUACAGUAUCUUCAACCGCGACUUCCGAAGAGCUUUCAAGAAGAUCAUCGUCAAGCUGUUCAGCUGCUUCGAUACCGGGAAGAAGAACUAUGGCUGCGUACGGAACGGCGUGACGGACGGCAUGGUCGACAGGAAACGCUCUUACACCCGCUCAUCCGAUACCCCAGAAAAUAAUAAUUUGAAUCGUGGCGAGCCGGUUGCUACUCGGCUUGUCUUGUUGAACAAUAAUGAAUCAUCUGUGAUUGUAGAGGAA